AUGGCGCUUCGGGGACUUCGCAGUUGCCAUGAGUUCGGAGUGGCCUCUGCGAAGGAGGAACUCAAGCGAUGCCGCAAGCUCGCUCAGCUCGCUGGUGGCCUGCAUCCCGAUGUGUCUCCGGCAAGUACAAAGUCGCGCGGCAACUUCGUCGAGGCCGAGGCUUCGGCCGUCGAACCUUUCCCCACGCUCUCUAAAGCCAAGGUCGUUGGGGCGAAGCACUCCUGGGGUGGUGUGGCUGGCGUGGCGGCUGGUGCGGCUGGUGCGGCUCGUGCCUCGCCUGGCCUGACGUGGAUCGCCGGGACCGCAACUUCAACGUCGACCACUCCAAGCCAGGCGACGCCAGGUACUCCAAGCAAGAACUACCAGGGCCAGCCUUGGAAGUGGAGGAUCAAGGGGCCUCUGACGAUUUCUGCUCAGAAGAAGGGCAAAGGUUUCAGAAGAUAG